GGUACGAUCAAAAACUGUCAGUUUCCUUUCUCAACGCAGAAACACCCCUAAACUCCCAUGAAAACAUGACCAACUCUCAUCCAACUAAAUUUCGAUUCAAGAGGAAGCAUAGAGAGGAUGAACCACCAUCAGGGGGCCACAGCGAAGAAAGGCGCCGCCGCCAUCAUCAUCGCUCAAAACGCAGCAGGCAAUCUGCCACGAAUGAUGAUCCAUCCCUUUACGAUGAUACACACCUCCCCAACACCUCUUCUAAUCAAUACCUCGACCCAGAUGUGGCAUUCAGGGAAAGUCUAUUUGAUGCGAUGGCUGACGAUGAAGCUGCACAAUAUUGGGAAGGAGUUUAUGGGCAACCAAUUCAUACAUAUCCCGAUGUCAAGCAAGGUCCUACAGGCGAGCUAGAACAAAUGACUGACGAAGAAUAUACGGCAUAUGUUAGAGGUAAAAUGUAUGAGAAGACCCAUCAACAUUUAAUAGAGGAAAAGGCCCGGCGUGAAGCAGCCAAAAAGGAGCGAGAACGGUUGGCUCAAGAAGGUAGGAAAGAAGAGAGAGAUGCUGAACGAUUGCAAAGAAAGGUCGAGGAGAGUUUGAAGAGGGGCCAAGAGAGGAGGUCUAAGAAAGUUUGGAACGAAAAAUGGAAUAACUACAUCAAGAAAUGGGAAGAUCUUGGGAAGAAUUCUUCAAAAGUUGCAGUUGCAUCUAUACCUUGGCCAGUCGAAAGUGGAAGUCGAAAAGAUGUCAAAAAGGAGGAAAUCAGAAGAUUUUUCUUAUACGCACCCGCCUCUGGAGAACCUACCGAAUUACAACUUACAAAGGCCCUGAAGGUAGAAAGAGUCCGGUGGCACCCCGACAAGAUCCAACAGAAGCUGGGAGGACAAGAUGUUGAUGAAGGGGUAAUGCAAGCCGUCACCGCAGUUUUUCAAAUAAUUGAUGGGCUGUGGUCGGAGGCCAGAAUAAGUGGUCAACAAUGAACGAAAACAAACAUUAAUGUGACCAGGGAUUAUCAAAGCAUAGAUAGCAUGGAGUUUUGGAAGAACAUGAGGGGUAAUCGGAAUACCACAUUGCAUUGCAUCGGUUUUGGGACUGGCCACAUCUUCACGGGCUUUAGGAGAAUCAAUAAAAUAGAGAUGAAGUAUGUGCAAUGAGCCUCGAGACAGUUCUCGCCAUAUAUAGAUAUCAGUCAGGUAGUUAGUUUAAUAGGGUGAAAGAUUGAAGAUGCAUCUCUUUCGAUAUUAUAUGGUAUAUGAUAGCAUGGAUUCGCACUCAAUUAUACCUCGUUCGGUAUGUCUGUCUGGGCA